UGGCAGCCCCUGCUGGGUGCGGCAGGGCAGCAACACCACCCGCAGCAGGAGCAGCAGCAACACCACCCGCAGCAGGAGCAGCAGCAACACCACCCGCAGCAGGAGCAGCAGCAACACCACCCGCAGCAGCAGCAGCGGCAACACCACCCGCAGCAGCAGCAGCGGCAGCAGCCUGGGACAACGCAUGAGGCCCCGGGGCAUGCACAUGCAGCAGCAGGGAGGGAGCCCUGCAUGGCCCCGGGUGUCAUGAGGACGAUGAUGGCACCUGGUGCAGCGCCCCCGCCCCCGCCCCCGCCAGCAAGUGCAGCAACCCUAAGCGGCGGGGGACUGCCACUGGCCCCACUGGGCAGCAUCAUGGGGCUGCCAGCCGCGAACAUGGGGCCCGCUAACCCCAUGUUUGCCCCUCCUCCUCCUCCUCCGCAGCAGCAGCAGCAGCCCCAGCAGCAGCAGCCCCAGAUAGGGUUGGGUUGGGCCGAGCCAGUACGUCAGCUGUACAGCAUGAUGGAUGCCGUACAGCAGCACGAGGCGAGCAGCAGCGGGCGGCUGAUGAGCGUGCGGGUGCAGUGGGGGAACCGUCCUGGGGCGCUGGCGCAGCAUGCUACUGAGGUGGUGACGGUUCCUCAAGACUGCAGCCUGGGUUACCUCCGCCGCUGCAUCUGCAAGGCCACGGGAGGAGCGCUGUGGCCGCGUGAGCUGCGACCCGUGGGUCACUCGGCAAGCAGCUUGAGUAAGGACGUCACUGACGGCGAGGAGGCGAGAGGAGGAGGCGACGACGCGGGUAUAGGACAGUCCGGCGGCGAUGCGGGUGCGGGUGGCCUGUUUAGGGUGACCCAUGGGUCGGCUAUCUCCGCUUUACCGCACGGUUUGAGUUCCAGCAACGACGAUCUUUCCGAGCGGCAAACGCAGCAACAGCAGCACCACCACCAGCAACAGCAGGGCCUUGAAGGGACGCAAACGAAAGGAGCAGGGGAGGCAGACGGAGGGGCUGCUUCUGCCGGGGAAGGCGCAUCCCCGCGAUCAGCCUCACCCCCACGUCACGGAGGUGGCAAUGGCGACGGCGGCGGCGGCGGUGCGAGUGCGAAUGCGAGUGCGAGUGCGGCGACUGAUAAUGAGAACCUAACGCUGUCGGAGCUGGGUAUCCUGUCGGAUUCGCUUAUUGUCAUGGAGGCGGACGUGCAGCUUCUUCCCUUCCAGCACCAACUGCUAACGGCCGUGUUGCAGACGCCGCUCCCGCUGCUAGCCUCCACACUGCCAGCUGCGCCCUCCACCGCCGUACUUUCCUCCGCCCCACCGCCCACAACCGCGCCAACCGGCUUUCCGUACCCUACUCUGGUCGGCAAUACGGCAGGUACGGCGGCGGUUGGCGGCUGGGUCGGCGCGUACGGACGCAACGGCGGCGGCGGUGUUGUUGAUGAGCCUGACGGCGACGACGAUGCUGCCGGCGGUAGCGGCGGCGGGUUUCGUACGACGUCUCGAAGGGACCGUCGCAAUGGCGGCGGCGGCGGCAGUGGCUUAGAUCCGGGAUCUGGUCGUGGCAAGGGCAGCGGCGGGGGGCCUCAGAAGGAGCGCUUUACCCUGGGGGAGAUGACAGCCCUGGUGAGCGGUAUUGAGGAGUUCGGGCUGAGGUGGGCGCUCAUUCAGAAGAGCCGCCCGGAGCUUCAGAACAAGAGACAGGGCGACUUGAAGGACAAGUG